AUGUCGGCCAACAUGGAUCGCAGCUUGGACGAGAUCCUUGCGGAGAAGAAGAGCGAUCAACCUCGCAACCGUCGACGUGGUGGUGGAGGCGGCCACCGCGAUGGCGGCCGAGAUGGAGGUCGUGACGGCGGUCGUGAUGGUGGUGGCCGGCCCUACAGGCGCGAUGAGCGUUACGACUACCCUCGCGACGGCGUCAAAAAGGUUGCCCUCCCUCCCUCUCUCUCUCUUGAAGCUCAACAAUACGCGUGGCUCGCGACCAUCCCUUCUUACCGCGACGACUCGCGCCACCUUGACAGUGACCCUACUUCAUCAAAGCUGAAAGUCGAAAACCUCCACUACGAACUCACAACUGAGGAGCUUGAGGGCUUGUUCAAUAGGAUUGGGCCUGUCGUCAGGUUGAAUCUUCGCUACGACCGCGCCGGUCGAUCAGAGGGCGUCGCAUAUGUCACUUAUGAGCACCCUGACGAUGCCCGGCAGGCGAUUCGGGAGUUCGAUGGUGCCAACGCCAAUGGCCAACCGAUCCGACUCUCAAUUGUGCCCAAUGGACGUGAUUCGCGCACCCGUGGUGGCCGCAACCCCUUCGACACUGCCGUGAUGCCGGGCCGUCCCCUCGCUGACCGCAUCUCAGUGCCGUCUGGCCGGUCCCGGUCUCUCUCGCCGUCGCGCAACCAGGACCUCGACGACGCUGCUACCAAGGGCAUUGAUCGCUAUGUACCUGGCAGGCGCUCCCGUAGCCCUAUGCCCAGACGACGCGGCGGCGGCGGCGGCGGCGGACGCCGUCCUGGUGCUCGCAGAGAGGAGGGCAGGGACCGGCAGGGAAGCCGCGGCCCCGAGCGCACAAGGGGCGGCCGGCCCAAGAAGACGGCGGAGGAGCUCGACGACGAGAUGGCGGAUUACUUUGGCGGGGGCUCUGCUGGCUCUGCCGAGACUGGCCCUGCUGAGAAGACGACCGCCCCUGCUGCUGUUGAUGAUAUGGAUAUGAUUGAGUGA